AUUUGAGCUCUUAGUGUUGAGCAUCAAAUCCUGAAACCAUUGAAUUUUCUAUGGAAAUGUUUCGUUCAAGUCUCCCUCCUCAACACCUCUACCUCUACGGGAAAAAAAGAAAAUUAUUUGUCUUUUCUUCGAUCUUCAUUGUCUGCUUUAUCGUCGAUCAUUUUGGCUCUUUCACUUGCAACAUCUUUCUUCAGAGUUGCCGCGAAAUUAGAAUCUGCCUUGUGGUUCUGAUUCUUCAUUGUCGUCGUGGUUCAGAUUCCAAUCACUACCUUUUCUUAUUAGUUAAAAUCGUAACUGUUGUCCAUCGCCGUGGUGAUUCCUCUACUGGCCAAAUGGUUGGCGGCUUGUCAUGUUCGUUUUCAUCUUCAACAGGGAAAAAUUCAUCAUUUUCGGUUAAUGUAAAGGAGUUAGGGUUUUUGUGGCUUGAUAAAAUAAAGGAUUUGAAGGAUCUGAGCAGUUCAGUUUGGUUUCUCGGAGUAAAUAUCUUGGUUAUUGGAAUUGAUGUAACCCGCUGCACCACAAACAAAAGAAAAGGCUUUUUUGAUAUACGGCAAAAACCCAGCAUCACGUGGAUUUAUAUAUAGUGUCUAUAUAAUUCUUGUUUCUUUUGGAACUGUGGCAUCAAUAUCCAGAAGCAUCUUCUCCAAGGUAACCAUUCGGAUCCGAAUAGCAAACCAGUCUUCAUCACUCCAAUGAUGAGACAGGAUCAUUCCAUUCCCUCUGGAAAACCAUACCUUCCGGUUGAUCUCGUAAGCGAAAUUCUGAGCUGGUUGUCUGUAGAGUGUUUGGCCAGAUGCAAGAGCGUGUGCAAGCAAUGGUUGGAACUAAUCCAAGAUCGCUACUUCAUCGAAAAACAUAUGUCACGAAGCAAGAAUCUUAAUUGUUAUACCAAUCCGUGUCAAGAAAAUGGGGUAUCAUAUGAGUGGAUAAUUAUCUUUGAUGGUUUGAUAAUGGAGAGAUGCAUUGUCCUGAAUAAGUACCGUAUCAGGAACCUGGCAAUGCGCAGAACAAUUGAUUUGCCAGCUCCAACCCAUAACAGCAGAGACUUCUUCGUCACUCUUCUUAUAUGUGGCUGCUAUAAACUGGUUUCUGUAUAUGAUUAUCGAGAGGAAACUAAGUAUUCUAAAGGAUUUGAAGUUCUUACACUUGGUAAAGAUGAGAAACCCUCAUGGAGAGCCCUUGAUACCCAUAUUUUCCGCGAUUUCAAUGGACAAGAACACAGACCGAUUAUUGUAAUAAGUGCAGUUGCUUAUUUUGUAAGAACCAAUACGGUUGGAUCAGAGGACUAUGAGAUAGUGUCUUUGGAUAUGGAGAAUGAGAGUUUUACAGUUUUUUAUUUGGCUAGGAGUUCCUUUCCGGAGAGCAACAAAGUUUUUCCCAUGUGCUGGGAUUUUCACUUUGCUCUCUCUGUCAUUGCAAAUAAUGAGCUCCAUGUGUUGGUGCUGAGAGACUACAAGAAGGGAAAAUGGAAUAAGAAGACUGUAAUCCCAUUGAAAUUCUACAAGAAAAAUCCUGAUAAGUUUGGAAACAAUGUUGUGCCUCGGCGUUGGAUAGCUGACAAAAGCGUGAUUUUGUUCAGGGUAAUCAAAGGACACAUCUCUGAUUUUGCUUACAGCACCGUAAGCGAAGAGGUUGUGUGUGAGCAUACUAAGAACAGAAGGCGAACUUUUCCAUUUGGACAAAGCCUAGUAACAUUCAAAGGAAUGAGACCAGAGUAAAAGAACCAAAAUCCAGGUUGGUGGGAAAGACUUGAUGAUACCAUCUAUUGAUUUGAUUUAGUUAAGUAUAGUUGAUGAUGAUAUCUUUUAGAAGUUAUCCAGGACAAGAAUGAAUAUUUCUUGAUAAUGUCUAGUGCUUAAUUUUUCUUUUUUUUUUUUUGUAUUGAAAGUUUUAAUGUGAUGAUUUCCUCAAGUUGCAUGGUUUUAUGUGUCAGGAACAAUAUCUCUUGUUCUUUGAUAUAUCUUUUCAUUAUUAUCAAAUCUUCUCCUUAUUACUGCUUUCUUUUCAGCCAUAGGCUUACAGAAGGUUCAAACAAUAUUCCCUUUGCCAUUUUUCCUAUAAUGAUUUUGAAACUCAUCCAUAACUUUGAAUUAAGUCUAGCUUAGAUAACUUCAUUUUCCUAUAAUUAUGAAAUUCAACUUAAAAACUUUGCAUUAGUUGUUUAAUAUAAAUUGCAAUUUUAUUAUUUUCUCGCUCUUAACUUCCAUUUUUUUAACCUAAAAUGUGCUGAUAAGAUAAUCCAUGAAAAUCGAGUUUCAAAAUCCUCUUGCACCUUCUUUCCCUCUUCCCUAUUUUAUUCCGGAACGAUUAGUGGCAGCACAAACGCAAUAUUCACCUUUUUUAAAAAUUAUAUUUUAGUCCUUAAAAUGUUCAAAAUUAUGUUUUUCCCCCUAAACUUUAAAAUCUUGCUAAUUAUACUUUUCUCCCUAUGAUUUUCUGGACACUUGCAACAAUAAUAUUAUCAUAGUUAUUCGUGAGAAUUAAAAUUAUGCUAGGGAAUUUUUUUUAAGCUCUAAACAAAGAAACUUAACAAUGCUUGUAUAAAAUACCUACUAAAUUUUAAUAAUUUUCAAACUAUAAUUAUAGUAGGAUAAUUUAAUAUGAAAAAUAGAAGGAAAACAAAAAGGAGAUGCGAGAAAAGACAUUGGGAUGCCUUGUUCAUUAAAUUCCUACUCCUAUGUGUGUAAUGUACACAAAAAUAUGUAUAAAAAGAAAAGAAAAGAAAAGAAAAGAUGAUUCCUUUACACAUAUCAUUAUGCACAAAUCGGAGUUAUCCUGUUAUGAUUUACAUUGUUGUGUAGAUGAGAUUCCUUUUCACAGGUUUUCAUAGCUCUCUAGCAAUCCCCAACUUCUUCAAGGACUAUCCACCAUAUUUUUCUGGAAAGGGUGGAGCAGAGAAUGGCUGAAUUUACUUCUUUUGGAAGGUAAUCAUAAUCAUGAAGGCAACAAUACGACUACCCAAGCCAGAAACAAUGAGUAAGAUUAAACAACGGUACCAAUCCCUGAUAUCAUACCCACUUUCCAUGAGCGAGCCGCACCGUGUUAUUAGCCAUACACCAUAAUAUCUGCAAGUUAAGGCAGAGUUCAUCAAGAUUAAGAUGGUUAAUGAAGAAAGAUUCUUUCAAUUCCUACACAUGAGGAAGUAAGUGUCACUGACCUUUUAGCAUUUGAUAUCACAAAUGCUUCCAAUGCCCAUUUAGUGUAACACAGGUCAGCAAUUUUUGAAACAAAGCUGCUGUCACCACGGGUUGCUAUCAAGGUCAAAACAACUGGAAGAAGCACCGACCACUGCAUGAGUCAAAAGUUGGCUCAUAAGCAGAAAUGAAGAAAAGAAUUUCCAUUUGUGUGUCUGUAGAUUACUCACCAGCUGAGCUGGACCAGCUUCUAAGAAAAGGGCUAAUGCAUAAGCUAUCCCUGUCACGCAAUAAACCAGACAGGUUAAAACUACAUAAUUAUCUGUGACUGUUGAUCUUGGAUUGUUGAAGAAGUAGAACAUUGACAAAUACACUAUUGGCUUGACAAUUGUGUUGAAAUGAUCAACUGUAUCCUUAGCAAGAAAAUAAGCCAAGCCACUCAUGCCUGAAGAACUUUCUCUCCAAUAAUGUAGCUUGUCCAAAGAAAAUGAUCUCAAAGCUGCAAUCUUGCAGAGUAAAGCUGAAAUCCAUCACAAUUUGAUGUUGGUGAGAUUAAACCUUGUAUUAAUGAUUUCUUCACAAUGGGUUCUUAAUAAACUAUCUGAUUAAAAAUAA